GGCCCCGCCCCUUUCGAAUCCUGCAACCUUGUAGCGGCUCCCUCGUUUGCCGCUUGCAGGAGUGCAGGGCCGGCUGGCCGCACAUCUGGAUUUUGUGCCGAUGAUGCUUCCGUUGAUGGCCCCGAGGCUUGCAGAAGGGGGAAGGGAGAAAACAAGCAGCUGAUCCAGGGCAGGAUCCAUGCCGGCCCAGGGGGUGGUUCGCCCCGAGCCCCCCGACGGAGGCUGGGGGUGGGUGGUGGUGCUGGCCGCUUUCCUCCAGUCGGCGCUGGUCUUCGGAGUGAUCCGCUCCUUCGGCGUCUUCUUCGUGGAGUUCGUGACCCACUUUGACGAGCUUUCUGGACGCAUCUCUUGGAUCACCUCCAUCGGGAUCGCCAUCCAGCAGUUUGCCAGUCCGGUGGGAAGCGCCUUGAGCUGUCGCUAUGGGGCCCGUCCUGUCGUCAUGGCCGGUGGGUUUUUCUCCGGAGUGGGACUGCUCUUAGCAUCCUUUGCCACCUGCCUGGCUCACCUAUACCUCUGCAUCGGGCUUCUGUCAGGUUUCGGCUGGGCUCUCGUCUUCACCCCAUCGAUGGCCUCCGUGGCGCGAUACUUCAAGAAGCGCCGGACGCUGGCCACCAGCCUGGCCUUGACCGGCGUGGGGCUGUCUUCUUUUGCCUUCUCUCCGCUCUUCCAACUCCUGGUGGACACCUACGCUUGGCGUGGGGCCCUCAUGAUCGUGGCCGGCAUGUCUUUCAACCUGAUGGUCUGCGGGGCCCUGAUCCAGCCACUGACCCUGAAGGAAGACCUCUCCUGCCCGACCAGAGGAGACCCCGGAGGGUCCUGCUGGAAAAAGUUCUCCUCGCUUUUUGGCCUCCACCUCCUCUCCCAUUGGCCCUUCAUGCGCUUCGUCCUUGCCGUUACCCUCGUGAACACCGGGUACUUCAUCCCCUACGUCCACUUGGUGGCUCGGGCCAGAGAGCUCAAGUUCAGCGAGUACCAAGCGGCCUUCCUGAUGUCCGUGGCGGCCGUGGCGGAUCUGUGUGGCCGACUCUUCUCCGGCUGGCUGGGAAACUGCAGGGCUUUCCGCCUGAUCCACAUCUUGGUGACCUGGACUUUCCUGACGGGCGUCUUUCUGCUGCUGAUUCCUUGUGGCCGGAGUUACCCUCUGCUGGUGGCCAUUAGCCUGGGCUACGGCUUCUGCUCUGGAGCCCUCACUCCGUUGGUCUUCUCCAUCAUCCCUGAGAUCGUGGGCAUCUCAAACAUCUUCAGCUCCAUGGGGCUGCUGCAGAUGAUAGAGAGCAUCGGAGGAUUGCUCGGAUCGCCCCUUUCAGGUUUCCUGAGGGAUGUGACCGGGGAUUACGUUGCCUCCUUCUUAGCUGCCGGUUCCUUCCUGGUGGCCGGCAGCUUCGUCCUGGUCACCAUGCCCAACUUUUCUCACUGCCUCCGGCCUUCGGCUUUGCGAGAACCCGACAUGAAAGCUGAGGCUGGCGAAGGUACUCCUUUGGCGACCGAGGGGCCUCUUCCCGUGGGGGUCAUCGGUUCCGAAAACGGUCAUCCUUACAAGGUCAUUUCUGAAGCCGGGCUGGUGUCCUGAUGGGGGUCAGGCUUGAUUUCCUGGAGGAACCGAAGAGGGCAGCCGAGGAGGCCAAACCGGACAGAAAAAAAACCUUCACCUCGAAAUAUUUUGGGACCAAUGGAACUGUCUCUCCGUGUGUGUGUGUGUGUCAUGGUAUGUGCGUGUAUGUACGAAAUGCUUUCUCUGACAUGUAGCGUUAAGGAGGUGUUGAUUAGAGUAUUUACAUCACUGUGCCUUAAUCAAGAUUCCAGUUUUUCCCCAAGCAAUGCAGGAGAAGGACUGUUAACGAUUUAGGUGGAACAUAAACAUUAACUUUUGGACGGUAAAAACAAAACCAGAAAUAUCUGUUAUGUAGGUGGGAGCAGGCCG